AUGAGUCUGCGCAGACUUCGAAAAGCCUCACAGCCACGGACUCCGGUCUCUCCUCCAAGCAGCCACCUCGCUCAUCAUCCGCCCUUUCGCCCUACAAGAACACUUGCCAGCUUCCUUCAUCUUGCAGCACCAGUCGCGCACAAGCAGACCAUCAGGAUUGUCAACAUGGCCUUCCUCGAGAACUCGUUUCGACGGUCAAAAGCACGUCCUGGCAUACUCUUGGCAAAGAAGAGAUGGUUAUCUAGCACCGCGGAAGCCAGGCGUCUUCCAGAGAUGAGCUACAAGUCUGCCCCUACGUUAAGCACUGCGUCAGCCAUCGACGCUUCUCCAUUUCGCGAACCCGUCAGCGGCUAUUCGCAGCCGCCGUUAGAGUACCGCAUGAUAUCAACAUCCGGCAUACAUCGCCUCCUUGCGGAACGAGCUCCUUACCUGAAUGUAGAGGACUACAAGGCAGCGGCGCAUAUCUUCCCGAUGCGAGCCAACAACUACGUUGUAGAGCAGUUGAUCGACUGGUCCAACAUUCCGAACGACCCCAUCUUUCGGCUGGUCUUUCCGCAACCUGACAUGCUAGCUUCGUCUGAGCUGCAUCGACUCAAGCUAACGCUUCGCAGCCAUGCCGACAAAGUGACCAUUCGGUCGAUGGCUGAGCAGAUUCGAGCCAAGCUCAAUCCUCAUCCCGCAAACCAAAAAACGGAAAAUGUGCCCAAGGAUCCGACUCAGCGUUGCGAAGACGAAGCGCCACUGCCGGGGAUCCAGCACAAGUAUCGCGAGACGGUGCUCUUUUUCCCAACAGAGGCUCAGUACUGUCACAGCUUCUGCACUUACUGCUUCCGAUGGGCGCAAUUCACAGCGGUGGGAUCGGAACAGGCAUUCCAGUCCAAGGAUGCGCAUCGUCUCGCCGACUAUCUCGCACACAGUCCUGAUGUGAGCGACCUGCUCUUCACCGGCGGCGAUCCAAUGGUGAUGAAGACUCGGCACUGGGAGCGCUAUCUCGCCCCCAUCCUCGAAGAUGCACGCCUGUCGCAUUUGGCAACGAUCCGGAUCGGAACCAAAUCGCUGGCGUACUGGCCAGAGAGAUUUGUCAACGACGCCGACGCCGCCUCGACUCUGCAACUCUUCCGGCGGAUUUGCGACAGCGGCCGACAGCUGUCGAUCAUGGCACAUUUUUCCCACCCUGUCGAGCUGAGCACGCCGCUCGUGAAGGAGGCGGUGCGAAGGAUCCGAGCUACGGGCGCACAGAUUCGCUGCCAAGCUCCCCUCAUCCGCGGUAUCAAUGACGAUCCAGCAACGUGGGCCGACAUGUGGCGCAGACAGGUGCGCAUGGGCAUGGUGCCGUACUACAUGUUUGUGGAAAGAGAUACGGGCGCAAAGCACUUCUUCGAGGUCCCUCUGCUACGAGCCUUUGAGAUUUACAAAACAGCCCUGUCAAGUGUUGCCGGAACGGCUAGAAGCGUUCAGGGGCCGUCGAUGUCGGCUUCGCCCGGCAAAAUUCAGGUGGUGGGCAUCGCUGAAGUUCCAUCGUCAACGCCAGGUGCUGGAGCCACGCAUCCCGGACACGAGAAAGUCUUUGUUUUGCGCUUCCUCCAAGCUAGAAACCCGUCAUGGUGCCGCGAGACCAUGUUUGCAAGGUUCGACGCAAAAGUCAGCUGGUUUGACGAGCUCGAGCCUGCAUUCGGUGCAAAAGAGUGGUUCUUCGAGCGCGAGUACGACCGGAUCCGACAACAAAGUGGCAAGCUCGGCUCAAGCGGCCAGCAGUACCCUCUCGAUGUCAAGAUGCGAGCUAGUCUCUCGAUGUGA